AUGCGGCGCCGGCACUGCGUGGGGCUGAGCGCGCCGCAGCUCGGCGUGCCGCUGCAGGUGCUGGCCCUGGAGUUUCCCGAGGCGCUCUUCCGCGCCUGCGCGCCGCGCCUGCGCGAGGCCCGCCAGAUGGAGCCCUUCCCCCUGCGCGUGUUCGUGAACCCGAGCCUCCGGGUGCUGGACAGCCGCCUGGUCACCUUUCCCGAGGGCUGCGAGAGCGUCGCCGGCUUCCUGGCCUGCGUGCCUCGCUUCCAGGCCGUGCAGAUCUCAGGGCUGGACCCCAGAGGAGAUGAGAUGGUAUGGCAGGCCAGUGGGUGGGCAGCACGCAUCAUCCAGCACGAGAUGGACCACUUGCAGGGCUGCCUGUUCAUUGACAAAAUGGAUAGCAAGACAUUUACAAACAUCCACUGGAUGGAGGUGAAUGACUAAAGCUUUCGUGCCACAUCUGAGGAUUCUGAAAACCAGGAGACAGACACUUUGGCUUUGAGCUGGGCAUGUCUUACUUGGCAUUGACUUGGCUCCAACGGAAAACAAUGGAAUUCCAAAGCAUGCUGAACUGAGUUGGAAGAAGGUGUUAAAAUGAUAGCUCCAAAAUGAGCUAUGAAAUAUUGCCUUCAAACUGAGAAGAAAACGAAUUCCUCUAAAGGAGUGGGUAUUUCCUGGUAAUUCUGUAUGGAGGAUGAGCAGGGCAAUAACCACUCUCAGUAGCUCAGUAGACAUGACUUCGUAAGACCUGUGCAAUCUAUUCCCAAAGCCAAGAUUUGAUAAUAAAUGUAGUCCCAAAAUAUCUGAAA